AUGCCGAUAACACCACAUUUUGAGAUAUCCCAAACAGACGACCAUGUUAUGAUUGAUAUCCUCGUUCCUCAUGUGCGAGUUUCUCACGAGUCCUUGCAAGUGGUGCUGUCAGACGAGAACAAGUGUCUCCAUUUCGCGUCUCCUCCCUACCUGCUACUAUUGACCUUUCAGCACGCCUUUCAAGAAAAUGCCGAAGACGCAUGUGCUCAGUACGAUCCUCUUCGAUCGUACGGACGAAUUGUCUUGAAAUUGGCCAAGUUGGAAGCGGGUAUUUAUUGGGAAGAUUUGGACAUGGUGGGGGCACUCAUGAAACCUCGAACCAAUCUCCAAAGUUUCAUCGAUGGACAAAAUCAGAAUCAUUCUCCACAAAAAUCGACUUGGAUCAAAGAGGUUCUGGAAGCAACGUCAAACCAAGAAGAGUCCACGGAAGGUAACGCUGAGGAGAAGGCCCGAGAAAUUGGUUUGGAGACGGGAUAUGGAUUUGCCACAAUGUUUCGAGGAAUAUUCACUGAUUUGGCAAGAGAUGGACUGGCACGAGAAAUGCUGGAAAUUCCCUUGGAUACCAGCGAUGGAGGCCUGAAAUUCUUGGAUAUUAACAAGAAUUCCGACAAAGAGAUUUCUCACAGACAAAAACGUCUCCAAACUGAGGUUUCCAAAUUCUCCGCAGAGAGGUAUCUUCAAGAUUUUGACAUUCAAGAUGAUUAUCUCUACCAGACCGCCAUGCAAAUGAGACCGCAUUGGAGGGAUACAACAACCGACGACGAGACACAGCCAUCCAACAAUUAUUUUACGUCGCAAGAAUCAGCACAGCUAUCUUCCAUACCUUACCCGCUGCUGCCGCCAUGGCGGGAAGGAGACAACGCCACUCCUCUGUGGUUAGGAAUCCUGGAUCUGCUGUUUGCCUAUUGCUACGAUCAUUUACUCACAGACGGGGAUCCAACCGUCGAAUCAGCCUGGAACAUUUCCAUUCUAAGUUGCAGUUUGAGCUGGCUCGAGUCCUUCGACCAGGGGGAAUGCGUGGCGGAUGUUGUGGCACAGUCUAUUCGAAGGUCCUUGAUUUACCCCUACCUGCGAAAUGUCGAAUUUGGCGUCUAUUGCUGGACGCAAGUGUCGCAAAUUGUGACAAGUCGUAGAUGCAUCAUUCGCUGCUUGCUACAAGUACGGAAAAUACUGGAUCAAAGCGAAUUGUACUAUCUCGGCAACAAACUCUACAUCGACCCCUAUUUGGCUUGGUUGCAAGACCCCCGGCGACACAACGAUGACAAUCUGCUGACCCUUGCCACAGAUAUCGACGCGGUGCUCCAAAAACCAAACGAUCUGAAAGAGAGGAUCGGCAUGGACCUUGUCUCCAUCGAGAGAGAAGUCUUUGGGGAUAGCGAUGAUGAAAUGACCGCGACUGGCAGUAGUGAAACAGAUAGUUCCGACGAUGAAGAGGAGACCACAAGUGACAGUGACGACGACAACAGCGAUGAUGAGGACGACAGAGAAAUAUCUGGUCAAUUGGAGACGACCCGACAAGCGAGUGCGAAAAGCCACUCCAAGGAUCUUCUGGAUGACAACCUGGCAUUGGAGAAUCCUGCGUCAUUGAUCGUUAACAUGACAAAGCUAUCAAUAAAUGGGGAAGAAGAUGGUCAUGGUGGUUCUUGCCAGGGUGUUGCGCGAAAAAAGCUGAUAGAGGAAAUCAAUUAA